AUGUUUCGUCUAACAUGUUAUAUUAUUACACUAUUCAGCCCUGUUGUUUUACUCAUUUGUGUUUUUCUCCAAGAUGUUCAUGCGACUGAUAAAGUAAGGUCGCGACCCUACGAGAUAGUAAACCUUUUAUUUUCUUUCAGCCCGUUUCCUGUCAAGAUCUCUUCCAAAAACACGGUAGCCUUAGGUGAGAGCCUUACGUAAUUACAGUAAUCUUUAGUGGAAUAUUCGAAAUUCGAACAAAAUGUGGAGAGAAAUGGGCUUUCUGUGAUCAACAAAGUCGAGGAGGAGGAUGGACGGUGAUCCAACAAAGGAAUGGGCUUACUGGAGAAACUUUUUGGAAUCGAAGUUGGGAAGAUUAUAAGAUAGGGUUUGGAACUCCGCAUUCAGAAUCAGAAUUCUGGCUCGGGAACGAUGUUAUUCACGAUCUAUCCAAUCGGGGCAAACGGCCGGCCCUGUUGAGGGUCGAAUUGUUCGGGGAUCGAACACCCAGAAGCAAGUGGGAAAAUUCUUAUUUUGUCUCCGAAUACGACUUUAGGGUAAGGUCUCUAAAAAAUGUGCAGAGCUCUUCAGAUAGGCAAUGAGACGGCAAAUUAUGAGCUAGAGAUCAGCGCUCAUCGGCCUUUGAAAAAGUUGAGCAAUGGAAGUCUCCCACGGGUAGGUAAUGAGUAUUUAUCUAAGGUGAUAUUUUAGGCGGAUCCUGAGUACUUUGUUGGAAAUGCGAGUUUUGGAUGGUAUGACAUCACCACUGACAAUAAGGCACCUUUUUCGACUGUCGACAAGAUCAAUGACCCUCUUCCAGACUGCGUAAUCAAAUUCCAUCUUGGGUGAGAGGAACAUUCCUUAUAAGCCAAUGUUGUAGAGGAUGGUGGACUAAAUGGUGUGGAACGGUGUCAUUAAAUGGGGAAUAUACUCCGGAAAAGAUGGGUGGGGGAUAUGGUUUAAACUGGUUGUUCAACGGCUCUUAUUUCAUUCAUCCCAGACGGACCAGGAUGAUGAUUCGACAGAGAUGGGAUGACUUGUAA